AUGGCCAAAUUUGCUCCAAUUGAAAAAUUUUUUAGGAAUCGCAAUCUUCGAGGUAUUAGAUACGAGAUAAAGUUCCGAACUCAUAACGGCUCCGGCCUCUUGAUGUGGAGACGGAAAAUUGGAAUACGACGAGAUUUUAUUGGACUAGGACUCAGUAAUGGAAAAUUGCAAUUGAUAUACAGUGACACAGAUUCAAAGGAAACAUCUAGUGAGUGGUUCCAAAGUGUUGAGUCUAAAGAGCGGGUGGAUGACGGACUUUGGCACACGGCGGUAGUGAGAAGACGCAAAAGACUGGCGAUGUUGCAAGUGGACGAUCUCCCCCCUGUUAGAGGCUACUCGCAAUCCCUGCUCGUUCCCUCGAAAGCCAACCCUAAGUUAUGGAUAGGAGGAUCACCGUCCCUGCCGUCGGGGCUGCCGGCCGCGCUCUACAGCGGCCUGCGCGGGUGUGUCGCCGCCCUGAAGGCCGGCGGCCGACACGUCGAUGUUAAAACACCCAUUCGACCCACCAUCCCGGUACGAUAUUGCGAU